UAUGCCGGUGGUAUGCUGCACACGUUGACCUCGAGGAGAAGGGCACGCUACAGAUUAUAAUUUACUAGCUUCCAGAUAUCUUUUCUACCGUCCUUCCUUUGUUUUCUGAUUUCAUUAUCUUCAAGUAUCGAGCAGAGCAGACAGUCAGAACGAUAAACGAUGGUCUUUGGUCUAUUCGCUCGCAAGCUCGAUCCUUCAUCCAAUACCCAACUACAUACACCCUCGACAUCUCCCUCAAUUUCUCACACAGAACCCCCUUCUUCCUCUCCCCAGCCCAAUUCUCACUCCCCAGAACCCGAGCCCGAGCCUCAGCCCGAGGUAACAGACCCAACAGCUCUCUAUGACCUCAUACGCUCUGUCCCUCCUCAAACCCUUCACGCAUACGCCCUAGCCCACCUCCGCCCGACCUCGAUUCCGCCACCGCCACCGCCACCGCCCUCCCCGUGCACACUCACUGCCCUCACCAAAUUCUUCUGUGACCUAUCCCCGCCACCCCAGCUCCAUUGCGUGCGCUGCCACGCCUCCUUCUUUGAUCUUUCCAACACGGACACAUCUUGCCGCGUCCCCCAUGAUGAUGAUAGCGCCCUCAUUGAUCGGUCGGCGUAUGAGACGGUGUGGAGCUGCUGCGGAGGGAGCGUCGAGGGAACGGGUGAUAUGGGUCCUCCUGAUGGGUGGUGUUAUGAGGGAAGGCAUACGACAGAUAUUAAACGCGCGCGUUUUCGCGCAGAUUCCUCCAUCCAUGACGAUAAACUAGUCCCAUGCUCUUCGAUGGGAUGUCACGGCCGCAAACGCAAGCGGAGCGUGUCUGUCUCCAGCAGCAUAAGCACGAGGAAGAAGGCAAACCCCAAAGUGGUCGACGCCUCCUCUCCCAAGUCAGCUGCUAGCACUAGUCCUACCCGUAAACCCACUUCGAAGGCAUCCACACCCAAGCCUAUCUCUAAACCCACGCCCACGCCCAAACCCCUCUCCAGGACUGGCACCUCCACAUCUUCAGCAUCGUUCGCUCAACCACGAAAUAGGCCCCUACCUAAAUCCAACCUCCACCAAUCCCACGUCGCCUCUCCCACUUUAGAUGGUAAUUCUGAAUCCGAGUCGGACCCACGUGACGCAGAUAUCCCCUCACGUCCUACUCGCGAACGUACAAAAGUGCGUCCCACUACAGACGAUAAUAUGUGUAAACCACGUACGCGGAGCGCAGCCAGAGAAGAACGUAGUCUCUCGCGUACAAGAGCGAGUGUAAGAGGUGGUUCUAUGCGUCUACUGCGUGAGAGAAAUAAGGAGAAAGGGAUGAGUGAAUCGGAUGGGGAUGAGAGGGGACGAGGACGUGGAAGAGAGAUGAAGAAGAGACGAGUAGGUGUAUGAGACGGGUGGGUUGAUCCGACCCUGUCUGAAUGUCAUAUAGUAUUAUUUCGGUGCGCCCCACUCGUUCAGUACGACGAUCCUGAUGAAUACGGCAGUCGAUCUAUCUUGUAUAUCCCAAUAACCCUCUUUUGACCGAGCACGAGUGUAUGCUACCAAUUAUGGAUUUGCAAUCUGUAUUUAUCCUGACUUGAUCGCUAUGCCGCCACUAGCGGCCUUCAACUUGUCUUGUGUGGCGUGAGACAAGCC